GAAUUUUUAAUAGUAAUUUUUAGAAAAUUUAAUUAUUUAAAUAACAAUGUCAAUUCUUGAAGAUAAAAAACUUCCUAUAUAUAAUAAAGAAGAAAAUGAAGUAACAUUAAUUAAAAUACCACCAUCAACUUUGCAAUUAAAAAUCAGUCAAAGUAGAAAUCAACUUGAAAAAAAUGUUAAAGAUGUGUCAAUGAGAAUCGAAAAUAUAGUAGAUAAAUGGAUUGGGAUUGAAAAUAAGGUAGAAAAGUUUGCUAAGGAACUUGUACCUUCAAAUGGAGAAAUUAUAUCAGGAGGAAUAUAUGUAAUGAUUGCAGGAAUGGCAGGAUUAAUUUUAACACAAAGACGUUCAUUUUCGAUACGAUUUAUGACUCCAAUAUUUAUUUCUUUAGCUGCAUCUACUAUUUUUCUUCCAGAAACACAUAGGAAUUUUAGAAAUAUGAUUUGGAAGUAUAAACAAAACUAUUUUUAGCAAAGAAUUAUUAGCAACAAUUACUUAGAUAAUAUGUGAAUUUUU